CGGAAGUACAUAUAUUUCAGUGCGCUGAAGCAUUGACGCAUUGUUUGAAACGGCACCAUGGAUUACGUACCAGCAACAUGGGACAUGUACGAUCUUGUCCAGGGUUUUUUACAGGCUCCACUGUACCAUUUGAUGCUGGAAGCAUUUCUUAUCCUGUGGAUAGUGAAGUUGAUUUUUUCCAAGAGCUAUUCACCAACAAAACCUGUACUGACUGAUGAGGAAAAGGAGGAGCUUAUAUCAGAAUGGAAUCCUGACCCAUUGGUUCCCGAUGUUCCAGAUGACCACCCGAUUAUUGUGGCCAUGGAGAAAAAUAUGAUCUCUGGUCGCCCUAGCAAGUUUUUGAACAUCGGUGGUAAUAAAUGUCUCAACAUGGCUACCUUCAACUUCCUUGGAUUGGCCGAGGACAAAAGUAUUGAAGAAGCUGCACUGAAGACACUUAAAGUCUAUGGUGUUGGUUCGUGUGGUCCAAGAGGAUUUUACGGAACAUUUGAUGUCCAUUUGGAAUUUGAAAACCAGCUUGCUAAGUUCAUGAACACUGAAGAAUCCAUCCUUUAUUCUUAUGGAUUCUCUACCAUAGCCAGUGCUAUUCCAGCUUAUGCAAAGAGAGGAGAUAUUGUAUUUUGUGACGAAGGAGCAUGUUUCUCAGUCCAAAAAGGUGUGGUUGCUAGCCGCAGCACAAUUAUCUAUUUCAAACAUAACGACAUGGACGACUUGGAAAGAGUGCUGAAAAUACAAGCAGAAAAAGAUAAAAAGAACCCAAAGAAGGCAAAAGUGACCCGGAAGUUUAUAGUUGUUGAAGGUCUCUCAAUGAACUAUGGGGAUAUUGUUCCUCUUCCCAGAUUAGUGGAGUUGAAGUGGAAGUACAAAGUGAGGAUCUUUGUAGAAGAAAGUUUGUCAUUUGCUGUGCUUGGCAAAACUGGCAGGGGUGUCACAGAACACUUUGGUAUUUCGAUUGAUGAAGUGGAUUUGGUUGCGGCUAACUUGGAGAAUUCAAUUGCUGCAUGUGGAGGAUUUGGCUGUGGAAAGAAAUAUGUUAUUGACCAUCAGCGUCUGUCGGGUCUUGGAUACUGCUUCUCGGCUUCUCUUCCCCCGAUGUUGGCGUCGGCUGCUGCUCAGGCUCUCUCGAUCAUUGAAAACAAUCCAAAUAUGUUGGCCAAGUUGAGGGAAAACUGUGAACUGAUGCACGAAGGUCUUUCGAAGAUCGAGAACAUUCAGGUGGUAGGUGAGCCGAUAUCGCCAAUCAAACACCUGCGUCUCACUGAGCCAACCGACACGAGGGACAUUGACAUGAGGACAUUACAGAUGGUCGUAGAUGAGACAAUGAGUGAAGGUGUGGCUGUGACUCUGGCCAGAUACCUUGACAACGAAGAACACCUGCUUCCACAACCUAGCAUCAGGAUUUCUGUCAACAGCAAGUUAUCAAGAGAGGAUAUUGACAGGGUUGUAAAUAUACUCAACACUAAUUUCAAGAAAAUCCUCGCCAUGGUAUCAUAGCAACAUAUCAAGCUUCAGCCUUGAAAAUGAGUGUUCACCAAAUAUUAACCAUUUACACAGUUUACCAGGGAUGUACAGACAGUGAUUUUCCAUAACUGCAGCAAAGUUUAACAGCAUUAGAUGUUUGGUAUUUGCAAAUUGAAGUCCACCUGCAUAAUAUGUUCUACUUUUAAUACCAGGCUUGAACAUCCACUUCCUGGUUGAUAACUUUCAGAUCAUUUGAGAGAACACAGUUUAUCGGCUUGGCUUAAAACAACAUGCAGUCUGACCUGUGCAUGUCAACCAUCUGAUGAACAGUUUGCUACUUAAUAGACGUUAAUGUGAGCUAUUAUUUUGUAGUACAGUGUAACACCUCUACAAUGGGACCAAAUAAAAGGUUUUGUUUUAAGGGGUAUCCGAGUUAAAGAGGCUCUGUUCUGUACUGGUAUUAGAAAGCGACCAUGUUAAAUAUCCAGUUUUUAGCUGAUUCAAGUUUAUUUGAAGGUUCUGGUUUUGAGGGAUUUCACUGUACUUAAAAUAAUUUGGGCAUUUUAACAAAGGUGGCUGCUUUGUACAGGUCAGAAAGAUGUGUAUCUGUUAACAAAAUCAAAUAAAGAAAAAGAUGUUAUGCUCAUUUACCCCCCGUUUUUUUCUCCUUUUUAUUUUUUGUGUCUCCAUUUUUUUUCUAUAAUACAAGCCGUGACAUAACUGGUUCCCUGGUCACCAAAGGGGACUACAUUUUUAGUAGCGUUAAUUGCCAAUGGCUCCUAACUUGUCCUAACUUGACUCCUCCAGGGUUGGCUAGUUGUCCUUCGAACCUUUAACAUGUAUUAUUUCAGCCACUUUUAUAGACGCCAUUGAUUGUCUCAACCAAAUGUACGACAGCUUAUAAAAUGUGCCUGAUCAUUCAGAUUAUUUUUCUCUUCUUUUUUUUUCAAAAGUUUUUACCCCUUAAUACUUAUCCUUAUCUAAACUAUAGUGUAUUUUCCCCUUAUUUCAAAAUAUUGUAUCAUUUCUUUCAUAGUUUUGAAAAGAAAAAAAAUUGUAACCAGGACCAAGCUUCCGAUUCUUUUGUAAAUUCAGUCCAUUCCAUUUUAUGGAGAGGUAACUUUACUAUAUAACCUGAGCCCAUUAAAAAUUGUUAAAGGUGGGGUUUUUUAAAGUUUCUUUUUUAAAAUUCUUAUUUUGGCUGUUAAAAAAUAAACAAAAUAACAGAAAUAUAAGUAUCCCUAUACAAAUACAUUACCUCAUCCAUCCAUAAUAAUUAACGACAAACCUUCAUCUUCAUGGGUUUUUUUAGAAUCUGUCUGAAAAAGUCCUGGCACAGACUUCAGGAUUUUGUGAGUGCAUGUUCGGAUAGCUUUAAUCAUUGGAGCCAGUAAUAGUGUGAUUGGUGGAUGAGUGCCUGAAUUUCAUUUUAUUGCUGUCAUCAUUCUGAUUGGGGGAUUGUUACCUCAAUUUAUUCAAUUGAUAGUUACGUGUCUACAAAAUCUUUUAAACUUAUUGUAUGUCUGUUAUUUGUGUUAAAUAUUUUGUUGUGUUUAUUUUGGGGUUUUUCUUAUAUAUUUCAACUCUUUGUUAGUUAUGUUGUUGAACGUUUGUUGCACAAAUGAUUAAUUAUUGGACCACAGAUGUACUGUGCAUGUUAUCUAACAUGAAAAACAAGAAUAUACAUAACAUUUUCAAAAUUACUACAAACCUGCUACUGUAAAUCUGUUAUGUAUUUUGACAUAGAAGACCGCUCAGUGUGUAAUAAGUAUUGCGUAAGCUAUGUAUAAAUUAUUUCAGGUAAAGUUAGUGAUGAGAUGAUAGAAAGCUAUAAUAUGUUUUAACUAAGGAAAUUUAUGAAGGACAAAGACCGCUCUUCUGAAAGCCGUUUGUCAGGACUAAAUAUAUGAAAUUAGUAGCUUAACAACAGCAUAUUUAUUACUAUGCAUGCAAGAACUUGAAAUAAAACAGUCUUAUCAUGUUGCUCUUCUACUUUAUCCAAAAAUUUACCCAUCGUCAACUUACAUACGAUUGAAUUGAGAAUGUAUUCCUUGUAAGUUUUAUGUUAUUCUCUAACUAUUUAGUAUUCUGAAACAUCCUAUAAAAUGUUAAUGUGCACAAAUUUUGAGUCUGUUCGUAAAAUAUGUACUUAACAUUUUGUGUCUUUGAUCUGGGACUGUUAGCCAAAUAACAAAUUUGGUUGCCAGUAUGUUUUUUUUUAAUAUCUAUAUAAAGUGCAAUUUUACUUGUGAUAUUUCAUGUUUGCACAUUGUUUACAUCAUGUUUGCACAUACAUGUACUUUUCUUUUUAUGUAAGUUAAAAACAAAUUCAUCUGUCAUCUCAUUCAUACCAUUGUAUUGAAUGCUUUGAACUCGUUUUCAGUCUGUAUUAAAAUAGCAUUAAACUGAAAACUUCUGUGGUAUACAGAGAUUAAAAAUGGGUGGUGAAUAUUUGAGUUUUCCUGGAUAUAAUUUAGUGUUUUCCGAAAUGUUGAAAAACAAAAAUCCUUUAUUUAGGUAUUGUAUAGAGUUGUCAGCACUUUAAGGAUAGUUUCAACUUUUUGUUUUAAAAUAGAUAUUACAUCCCUGGUUACGUUAUGUUGUUCGAAACUAUAAAUAGCUUGGUGUAUUAAUACUUGUUGAUUUAUAAUCAAUUUUUAUGUACUGUUAGUAUUAAGCCAAUAGGAAGCAAUCGGAGUUGCUUUCAGCUUGUUGAUAAGUAGUGUGAUGUAUAUAUGUGUGUGUGUGUGCACUUUUAAAAGUUUAAAAACCAUCAAAAUAGUGUGUACUGCUACUUGUAUAAGUAUAUUCAAAAUAUAUAUGUAUAUAUUUGUGUACAGCUACAAUAAUAAAUUAAGUACUUGGCCAAAUCCAGACAGUGAACACAAUCAAUCUACCUGUUACUGUAACUGCAUGGUGUUCGUCUAUUUAAUUAAAAAAUGUCUGUCAUACAUUUUGUUAUCAGAUUCUGUUGUGCAUCUUUCAUUAAACUAGUCGUCUUCUUUUUUUUAGAUAUAUAUUUAUUACUUGCUUUAGUUAUUUUUAUAUGUGAAAUAAACUUACUAAUUUACUUUAUUAUUAUGUGCUCAGUUUAUUAUUUUGAAAGGCAUCUUUUAUAAUGUGAUAUAAAUGUAACAUAUUUGGUUAUUUCAGGGUUCAGCCAGUUCUCCAUAACUGGAAUAUCAGAGGCUUUCGUGUGUGCUUUUGUGUUUGUGUGGAAAUGCAUAUAAAAGAUCCCUUACGGCUAAUCACAGAUGCUUUUGUGGCAGUAGUGGGUUUCUUUUCUUAUUCUUUGAACUUAUCCAUCACAUUUGCCAUAUGUUAGCAAUCUUAAAAACUUCCAAUAAUUUUUUAAUUUGAAUAAUUUUUAUCCUUUCUUUCAACUGCUGAUUAUAGUACCAGGUAAUGGCAGAGCCAAGGGAGUGAAUUAUUUUAGUGUGUACCUGUAUGUUGAGUUAAAUGGAAUUCUUACAGUUUAUUUAUCAAAAAUCAUGUUGAAAUGAUUUGGGGGACAUUUAAUUUGUGUGACAAUUUAAGUGUUUCUCUUUGCCAAGAAUCAUGUGGGUUGUUAAAAUGAGGUCAGUGAUAUUUUAGUGGAAUACAUUGCUUGUGAAACAUUGUGUCAAGUUGUGAAAUGUUUAAUCAAGUUGUUUCUGGUUCAUUACCUGUAUGUAAAACUCAUUGUCUGUUAUGGGCAGUUGACACACCAUGUGUGUUAUUAUGUGUAUUUGUUAUUAGGACCACUUUUCAGCUCGUGUUUGAGUGUGCUUAUAAAAUAUCAUAAACUAUGCAUACCAUUUACUUUUUUUUUUUUGCUUUCUCAUUCUGAUCCUUAUGGACUUCCAUGUGUAUUUAAAGUGAAACGUAACAAAUAUUGAUGGUGAUCUGUUUCAUAUACGUCUUCUGUAAUACAUGUCUUUUAAACAAAGUACAUAAAAUGUCUGUAAACUGACUUAAGUGUUAAAAAUGGUGUUCAAUUAUAACAAACGAGGCUGGCUUGGAUUUGAUGGUGGUUUUGUCAAUGAUUUAUCAUAUCUAUUAAGUAAAAUACCAUGGAUAUAUAUAUACCAGACAGGUGUGUUCAUACCUUCAGAAUUUAAUAACAUUGUGGCACAUUCUAAUCAGGUCAUUUAAAAAAAUAUAUGUCUCAAAUUAAUAUUGUCUGGAUGUUUUUUUUAAUACAUGAACUGCAGCAUAAUAAAUUAUAUAACUGUUGCACAAGUGUUAUUUGCUUAGAAGUCUGUAUCAUAAUCAAGCUUCCAUGUGGGGGUGGGGUGUCCAAAACCAUUCACAUUUUCAGCAUCAUGACCUGUGUAACUGUUAGUUCCCACUAACUUAUAGAGAAUGGGUAUGUUUUGUUUUGUUUUUUGUAAGUGGUAGUAUGUGUAUGACAAUGUUAAAAUGAUCACUUUAAGUAUUUUGUAUACUGUAACCACAAAAGAAUAAAAUGAAUCAUAUUUG